AAAUAUGUUUAAAAUAUAUUUUUUUAUUUUUUUAUUUUUUGUCAAAGAGAGGGGGGAUACGAGGCCACCGUAAUGGUUCAAGACGCAGAUAUUUCCCGGAGAUAUUCCUCCCCCUGUAGGGCGCCCUGAGCCAUCCAUCCCUCCCACCUCCCGAGUGUUUCUAUAGUAAUUUCCAGCCAAUGAUCAGUAGGUGUCCACAUCCCUGCUUCCUCACCUCAGCACCAAUCAGCCACACACAGCGACAGGAGACACGGACUGAGCAGAGACCAGGCAGAGACACAAUACAGCCCCCGGAUCAAGAGGAGAGGAAACACAUAACCACCUCUGCGAUUUAACCCCCCUCUUGUUUUUCUCCGACACCUUUUUUUUGGCACAUUUGUGCACUUUCCAACCUUUUUUUUCCUAACGUGACCAGAAAGUCGAUAAAAAAAAAUGGUCCUUUUGUUUUGAGCGCUCUGAACAAACACGCACAGAGUCGCCCCGCUCUCCUCCGGCAGCCUGUGUCUGCGCGUCUUCUCGCAUCUUUGCAUUAUUUCCCCCCCACCACGUAUCGCUUCGCAGUAAUGUGCCGUUACAUGAUCGCAGGCUGGUAGCAUCUUGGGGGUUGUUCUCAACGGGAACCUGCACUGGAGACGAUAAACCAGGAUGGUAACACGCUGUUCAUAACCAGCUUCAGUUUGACAAAGGCCGCUGUAACCUCACUCUCUUCUCCUAAACACUGACAACCAUUCCUCAGCCAUGUCUAACAUAAACAAUGCGCUUUGCAUUGAAAACGGACAGAACGCAGAUGUGUCUCUCUUACAAAAGGAUAACCUUCAGGAUGGUGGAUUAAGCCAGCUUUUGGAUUAUAAUGCAGAAAUGGAAAGGUACAGGUCUUUUGCAAACUUUUAUAAAACCAAUGGGGCAUUUCCGCAGACUGCUAAGAUUGCUCGUAUCACAACGCCCAUUUUUCCCAGUGCAAGAAUUGGUAUGUCCCCUUGGAACUGUGAUAACGCCAUGCUCUGGGGAAGGAAAUCAGCGGCAAUAAACCCUAAUAGGACCAGCAUGCAUAGAAAUGACUCCCAGAGGCCGGGGAAGCCUGGCGUGCCGCCAGAGACGCUGCAAAUGGCAAAUAAUAAUUUCCUCUCUACCUUAUCCCCCGAACACUGCAGACCUUUAGCAGGAGAAUGCAUGAACAAGCUGAAAUGCGGCGCUGCUGAAGCAGAGAUAAUGAAUCUCCCAGAACGCGUUGGAACUUUUUCCGCUAUUCCGGCUUUAGGGGGCAUCUCAUUACCUCCCGGGGUCAUCGUCAUGACAGCCCUUCACUCCCCCGCAGCCUCAGCAGCCGUUACAGACAGUGCGUUUCAAAUUGCCAAUCUGGCAGACUGCCCACAGAAUAAUUCCUCAGCAUCCAGUGGAAACCCAGCGAAGAAGAAAAGGAAAAGGUGUGGGGUCUGUGCACCCUGCAGGCGGCUAAUCAACUGUGGUGUCUGCAGCAGUUGUCGGAACCGCAAAACGGGCCACCAGAUCUGCAAAUUUAGGAAAUGCGAGGAGCUGAAGAAGAAGCCAGGCUCAUCGUUGGAGAGGACGCCGGUCAACAACGGCGAAGCUUUUCGGUGGUUCUUUUAGAAAGGGCGAGCCAUGGCCAAUGGAUAGGGCCGUCCAGCAGCAGGAGGGCAGGUGGGACUCUUGACUCUCUGCCAGGAGCACUUCCCUUUGGGGGUUCACAGAACCCAACGCGCCCUACACCCUUGAGAGAGGACGAGCGGAGAAGAAAAACGAGGACAUACAAAAAGAUAAACGAAAACAUAAUGGUGUUGUUUUAACUCUGUAAUUUCCUUUUCUGUGUAAUUAUUGUACCUUUUGACAGUAUCAUAAUGUAUAUUUUUGGUGUCUAUGAAUGUGUUUUCAGUGUUGUGGCUGUAGGUUCACAGCCAAUCCUCUGUAAAGGACACAAACAGACAAUCAUACGAUCACACUGAAUCCGUCGAACAGAAGAGGCCACAAGGAUUGGUGACAAAAACACAACACACUUUACUCUGGAGCAAUAAUCUAUUCUGUUGAUUAUUCUUCAACCUUUCAGUUGACCUCAGCUACUUUGGCAAACUGAGUCAUAUUCUAGUUUUGUCUUUUAUCUCAUCUGAAAAACCCACAACGCCGAGGCCGUCGCCGGCAGCGCGCCGCCCCCUCGGGGGCGAGAGGUACGAGGGCGGCAGAGCUUGUGCGACCGCGCUGGUGGACGUGUUCCCUCAUUCGAGCGGACUCACUGCGGAACAGGGCACAUUGUCCUGUGUGGUGGGCUUCUUUAAACCCGACUCAUUUCGCCGCGACAGCGCCAGAUGUUCAUGGGUCGGACUGCUGUUUUGAGGUCGCACUCUCAAAGAUGCUACAUGUUUUUGGCGGAAUUACGCAGGUCAUUACACUUUCUUUUUUCUCUCUCGGCUGGAAUUUGACUGUGGAGGAGCUAUAAAGUAAUGCCAGUGAAGAAUCGUAGCUUAUGUUUAAAUCAUUCAAAUUUAGGAUUAAUUGCAAAACGCUCGACUUUAAUUGACCUAUCAGAUGUUGUUCUGGAGCUUCUGGGAUAGUCUGGAUUUAUUACAAUACAUUCCAAAAAGCAAAAUUAUUCAAUAAGUUACUCAUUGUCUUAAAACCCUAUUGUUGCAUGUGUAAAUGUGUUUUGGUUUUAAAGAUUACUAAGAAUUUGUAUAUUGUUGUUGUGAUGCUUUUAUGUGUUAAAAUAAAAAAAAAAAUGACUUCAGUAAAAGAUAUCUUGACAGAAAAUGUUU